UCGUACCAUCUCUCGCUCACUUGCUCGCUCUUUCGCUCACCAACCCUUCUUCGCUUGCCUUUUCCGCAACGCAGUCGCGGGGGUGUUCAUCUGCUCAUAGAUCUGCGAAAUGUGCCUCUGAUCUUGAAUUGAUUUCCUCGGUGAGCUUCGGAUCCUCUUGAUCUUCAUCUUUUACGUUUCGAUGUGAAUCUUUUCUCCUGGUUUUGAUUUCUUACGAGGAACAUUGGACUUGGAGCUGGGGAUCUGUAGCUUGAGCCACUUCUUGCGCGUUCUGAGAUAUUUUUCGCUGGGUUCUGUGUUCGUGCUCUGAUGCAGGAGGAGAUUAGGGUUUUAUAUUUGUGUCACUGAGUUGCGAGUUUAGGGGGACAGCAUCUAAAGAUUUCUGUGAUGGGAAAAUCUCCUGCAAAGUGGAUUAAAGCAGUUAUUUUUGGAAAGAGAUCAUCUAGAUCUCAUACUUCAAAAGGGAAAGAUGGUUUGAAACCUGGUGUUGAUAAAGAGCAUUUUUCUGGGGGAGAACCAUCUCAUGUCACAGUGAAAUCUCUGGUGAUUACUCAACCAGUUCUUGUAAGCAACGAUUCAAGUGGUCCAUCAUCAGAAAAUAGGACAGAUUCCACUUUAGUUACUGGAGCAGUUAGGGUGGAGAGCCAAGAAAUUGUCGGACAUCAAGCUUCAAGUAAUCCAGCCAAAGCCUUGGAAGAGCGUGCUGCUACAAAAGUUCAAGCUGCCUUCAGGGGUUAUCAGUCACGGAGGGUGUUCUCUGCAUUGAAGGGCAUCAUAAGACUGCAGGCUCUAAUUCGUGGGCACCUAGUGAGGCGUCAAGCAGUUACCACCUUGCAUUGCACGUGGGGUAUUGUCAGAUUUCAAGCUCUUGUUCGCGGUCAGAGAGUCAGGCUUUCAGGUAUUGGCCUUGAAGUCAGAACAAUGUAUCCUCAAAUGAAGAGUGUGGAUGAUAAGAAGUUGGAUUUCUCGAUGAUGCAGCUGUCUGCAAAUCAAUUUGUUUGCAAGCUACUCUCGGCACUGCCUGUUUCAAAGCCUGUGCAGAUUCAUUAUGAUCCAGUGGAACCAAAUUCAGUCUUCAGUUGGCUGGAGCGCUGGACAUCCUCACAGUUUUGGAAUCCACUUCCUCAAUCAAAAAAGUCUGUCAAUGUGAAAUCUCGGGUGAGAUGCAGUAGUGCUGUGGAAAGUGAAUCUGUCAGAUUAAAAUCAAAUGUUCAUAAAAAUGUGGCUGCAAAGGUUGAUGUCAUGACUGAAUCAGAAAGGCAUAAACGUGUUACGAGGAAAAUGCUAAGCCCUCCUGCUGAUUCUGUUGUAGAAAAUCCACAAUCUGAAAUUGAAAAGGUCAAGCGUAGUUUGAGAAAGGUAUCCAAUUCUAAAAAAGAGCCUCCUGAAAAGCCAGAAUCUGAAAAUCAGAAACUAACUUGCACUCCGAGAAAGGUGACAAACUCACUAUCUGAUGCUCCACAAGUGUCUAAUGAGCAUUCUUCAAUGAAGAUAAAAAAAGAUAGUGUAGUGUCUAUUGACAGUAAGCUUGAAAUAGUUGCUGCUGUAAAGUCCGUUGCAUCAGGUGGGCCUAAGAAUGCAGUAAUAGAUGACAGUACUGCGAUCAAACCGCAUAGCCCAGAAGAAAUCUGCAAAGAAGAGAGUAUUUCUAACUGUGAUGGAGAGUUAAGCUUGAAAGAUGAGCCAACUAGCAAUGAGAUCCAGAAGAGUAGCAAGAGAAGGGCUUCUUUCCCACCAAAGCCAGAACCUUUUGCAGAGAAUGCCUCGCAAAAUGCUCCAAGAUUACCAAGCUAUAUGGCAACUACUGAAUCAGCUAAGGCAAAGCUAAGAGGACAAGUUUCACCGAGGGUUGGAUCUGAUUCUGCAGAAAGAUAUAAUAUGCCUCGACGUCAUUCUCUGCCAACUUCCACGAAUGGAAAGUUAAACUCGCAAUCAUCACGUGCACAUAAGUUGAUCCAAGCAAGCUGCAAGGAUGGAAUUAGAAACGACAGAUCCUUUACAUCGUCAAGAGAUGGUAGUGGUAUGACCUGUCUAUCAUUCUGCUCAUACAUAUUUUGGUGUGGAUCUUCUUGUCUAGGUACUAAAUUUUUACAGUGACCUGUCUAUCAUUAACUUCUAUCACCUUUCAUCUCCCAACCACCACCGUCCUAUGAUUUUCGGCCACCACACUUUGUUAUCUGACCAUUUUCCAUCGUCAUUCAUCCUUUGACCACUCCAACCUUCAUCUUUUAAAUAUUGUACAUUCUUAAAUCACCACAGUCCUUCACACUUGUCUUCCCUCCAUCUUCUGCUAAAAAAUGGUCCAAGGAUCUGAUCAGUACACUGUAUUUGGUGGAUUAGGGAUGGAAGGAUGAAAAAUCUGAUCAUACCAAAACAAACUAUUCCUAAUGAUUUUAUCCCAACACAUCUUUGGAAUGCAGAACGGGAGAUCCUGUGUUGUUCUGAAUGUACUGGUGCGAAUAAGUAGACAUCCACACUUACCCCAAGUAAGAAAGAAAUCUGGUGAUCUUAUGUCUUUAAGUCUUCUAACACACCUGGUUUCUGUAGUGAGGCUUUGACAUCAUGCACUUGAGGGCAUUCUCAAUGCUGCCAACCAAAAUUGUGUCCAUGCGUGUCAUUUUAUUCUUUUUCCCAUUAAAAGAGAGCACCUACUUUCUUUCAAAAGGUGAGAAACCAUUUUUUAACACAUACGUUGCACAUAACCAAGCUUUAUCAUAAUUAGUUAGUGGGGGGUGGGUGAAUAUUAUAUGUUUACCGACGCAUCCUUCCUAUCGAUUUGUUGCAUGGAGCAAGGUUUUAAAUGCCAGUAGUUAAUGUUUUGCUAAUUUUGUCAAUUUAACCAAGGAUUGAUAUCAUAACACAUUGGUUGAUACGUCAUCAAUAUAGUUUUUUUAAUUUCUUGAUAAAAGGUUUGUUGGCACCAUAUCGAAUUUAUAUGUCAUCAAUAUGGUUUUUUUAAUUUCUUGAUAAAAGGUAUGUUGGCACCAUAUCAAAGUUACUGGAUGUCAAAUGCUGUAUUAUUAGAUUAAAACCGUAACCUGAAGAUUCUUUUCUUCUUUUUAUUUUGAUAUUUACUGUUUCAUCUCCUUGUUUUUGCCUCUUCCCUCUAAAAUUUGAUCCAGAUCGACUCUGAUUUUGACAAUG